ACAUAAUAUGCACACUCUAUAAAUAAAUGAAGAAUAAGGGCGGUUCCCAAAGUAACUACUAACUAGAAAUUCCUCUUCUCAGGUCCAAAAGAAAUAUGGAGAACACUGAAAUGGAAAACAAUGUGGUUGGAGCUACAACUGGGAACGAGCGAUUGAGUGAUCAAACCAAUCCAAAACACUAUAAAAAUGUGCACACUAUUAUUGGAGAUUGUGGCCAUGGUGACACUAAUUCUUCUUAUCCCCAAUUUUCCAAGGGUAUUAGUGUUUGCAACCCUAAUAAUGGUCCAGAUGAUCAGCUAGUCCAAUUUGCUGAACUCAUUUUAGGACCUAAUAAGUUUGAUCCAAACAUGGAUCCUAAGAAAAUCAACAAAAUGAUCUCGAAUCGGCUCUCUGCACAGAGAUCUAGACAAAGGAAAGUUCGAUAUCUACUCAAUUUAGAAGAGCAAAUGAAAAUUUUUCAGGUUAUGAUGAUUUCCAUAAUAUAAAUCAAGUUGUUAUUGUUAAC